GAUACAUUACUUUCUUUCCGUAUAUUUCAUCUUCUGGAGGUAAGCUUCUCUUUUCCACUUCUACGUCGCGAGCGCAAAUAAUUUGAAAUUUGAAAGAUGCCAAUAAUCCGCGGAUUUGUUUGCGCAAAACUCUGCGAUGAAGCGCGUUGUCUUUCUCGUGAUAUAUGAGACGCCUUGGUUGUUCUAAAACUGAACCCGAACAACAAGAAAAAUCAGGACUAUGAAGUUCGUUUGCCCGCUGGAGCCAGCACCACGACCGGGCAUGUCGGAGCUUCGAGUACUUGUGAAAACAUGGAGUCUGCAUGCUCGAAACGAUGCUUCCGAGGUUUGGGCGAAACCACGGUAACUAACUUGAUGACAACUAAAGUAGCUGAAAAAGACGUCGGGCAACGGCAAGGAUCCAAUGAGUACUUACUCCAAUUAGGUACAAUUCAUUCCAAUGUUGAUUUCCUCUUGUCCUUGGUUGUUUUUCACUUAACUUUCUACAACAAAAGACGUCAAUUUAUGCCAUAUUAUCUAGCAGGCCUAAUUUGCCCGCUUUGCGCGCGCAAAUCGAUCCGCAGGUGGACUUUUUGGCAGCAUCGGAAGACUUUCUGCGACAGCUUGACGCUGCGACGCCGUACAAAAGCAGGUCGGGCGCGCGCGUUUGUUUUGAGUCCGAAAGUGACAAAAAGGCAGGGCUGCCAACACUCGAAAUGCUGUUUUUAAGGGAGGAACACUGAGUCUCUGGUGUAACAUUCUCCUGAUUUGUUCGUUGUGAUUCAGAUGAUGCCAAGGGAGAAAUUGGGCAGGUGCUUUACAACUUGAUGAUUAUGAGUACUGCGUUCUUGUAGCUAAUCAUGAUGAAACUAAAGUCCUCUACUUUUGUAUAGAACCUUACACACGAGUUUCUUAGGACGAGUAAGACUGCGAGUCAUACUAUUAGAAACCGUCUCUAACGUUUCCGAGUCUGGACCCAAACGCGGCGCACCCAUCUGUUUCCAGCACAGGGCAAAGUAGCGCCAGAGGAGGAGCUUCACCAAGGCAGUUUUACGAUAGUGGUAACGUGUACAAUGCAACGAGCCUCGGACCGCGAAUUGCUGCCGGCCUUUGUCCAGGGACGAGCGUGAAGACGGCACCCCCGAUUUGGGCAGCAAAUAGUGCAGUUUCACUACAACACGCAGCCGCAAGCAGUGCAGCAGCAAAUGCCGCUCUAUUUGAAAACCCAUUGGAGCUUGUAGAGCCACCAGCAGAGCCACCAGAUGCUGACUCUUCGAUUGCGCUAUCAGAAUCGUCAGCGAGCGUUGAGAUAACGGCGGAUCAGUAUUUUGGAUUCAAAGUACAGUUUUGAGAACAAGAAUAAUGCACUCCAAGUUGCGCUGCAAACGUUGUACCGGGCGCGUCAUAUCAUCUUGGUCCUCAACAUGUUGACAAUUACCAGGUAUACGGUUGCGGAUCCGCAGGGCGACGCCGCGUGUGUACGGUUACUGUGGCGUCGUUUACCCGCAGGUUCAAGCGUAGACUUCGUCCUCGGACGUCCGUUUUUCGAGGGCGCGCGAGUACUGGAGUACGAGCCGUGCUCUGCGCCUUGGGGCUGCAUUCAGAUCGUCACACUGGCCGACUCGCAGACGACGCUUCUGCAGUCUUUAGCACUAGGGACUCUGCUGCUAGUCGUGGGGUUCUUCGCGUUGGUGUCCUAUUCCUUAGCCAGACAGCGCGGCGGACUCUUCAAGGAAGACUUUUUUAUGGGUUUUGGGACACCCUCAAAUACUUCCAACUCAAUCGAGCGCUCCUCAACUGGUAGUCCUACACUGUCAUCGAGUGGUGCAGCCAGCCCAGUGUUCGUUUUCCGCAUUGAAUCCCCGGACGGCGAAUUCGACGGAUACUACACAUCGGGAGAGGCGACUCCAAAUUAUCAUUCGCCAAAUCAUGAUCAGCAGCUGCAACAGGGACAGAAUCAUGAUAGUCGGGUCGACGCCGGACGAGAACGAAGCGCAUCUGGAGCAGGACAUUCGACGCAGCUCAUUUCAUCUGAUACUGGUCCUCCAGGCGUAGCAUCGUCGAAUAGGAGAGGCGCGAGUGCUGGCGUACAAAAGACAGCUGGAAGUCCGCAGACUCGAGAUAUUCAGGUUAUUCAGUGUAGAAGUAAACUCUAUAGUCCAGACAGCGACGGCCGCACAUCGUCCAACGGCUCCCUUCUUCUCACAGAGCCCGGGGCAACGUCGUCCCACGCUUCGCCCAUAUUCGACAAUGCAGCACCACUAGCGUGGGUGUCGUCGCCAAGUAGAAAUGGUAAUGGGGCUGCGAACAUGAGCGUUCCUGGUUCAGGACCUCGAGGAGCAGCGCCCAUACCUCUUGGCGAUGACGGGGUGAACAUACCUCUUGGCGAUGACGAUAGAAGGGCCCGCGUGAGUGAAUUGCAGCGGUCUUUGCUGUGCACGGCAGGCGGUGCCCAGAGUUCCUCGUUCGGCAACCGACGCACCACAGCAGGUAGUAUUUCGGCCUCUCGUGGUGGACGGCAGACAGAACAUCAAUUAGUACAAGAUGAUUUUGAGAGCCCCAAGUUCCACCUCAGGAUAAAGGACAAAGGUGCACCACCGUUUGUAAACAGACCUCUAGUACCAAACGCAACAGCCCCCGGUCGACCCUCUUACUAUCGUGAUCAAUCCUCGCCCUUUGUUGCCGGAGCAGGGCAGCGGAAGAGUACAGCGGGGUCAAGUUCUAGUCCGAACAUCACAACUACUAGGACCCAAGAACAUGAUUGUAAACCUGUGACACCUGCUCAGCAGGACGCUUUUUCAAGUGCAGGCAGCUAUUAUCUGAUGGAGUACGGAACUGCCCAACAAAAGCAGUGUGGCCCGAUGCCCUCGAACGCAUCCUCGUCAACAGCCAGUUCAUCUGCCGCGUGGCAGUCUGAAUCGGAAAAGCUUCCACUACAUACCGUAAAUUCACAGCCACACAUUCACGACGUAAAUAUGACGGAAACUGCUACAGAAUCUGAAUCGUUUCGCGAAGAUGGCACUCGAGGGUGGACCACAAAGGUGUUGGCCGAACCCAGGCAGUAUCACAAUUAUGAUAGUACAACUUAAGAGGUACUAGAAGUAGGACUACCAGUACUACAGAGAGAAGCUUCACCUUUAUCAGACAUGCAUUUUUCCCGUUUCGAUAUCGAAAAGGGUUAUCUUCUUCACGUACUCCACCUUUUUAUAGAAAAAACAGACAUGACAAACUAACAAACAGAGUAUUUUUUGGGGACCGAAGACCCUUUUCGUUCUCUGCGUACAACUGGGUUUGUCUUUAUUCAUUAUCAGUGAAGACUGCUCUAACACAAGCACUUCGGGACUCGAAGUCAGCAGGACACUAGAAGCUUCGAGCGCGCCGUAAGCCGAUCUCUGUCGGGACUGUCCUCUGGAAUCUCUUCUUUGUCCCAGCACAUUGAUUCUGGCACCCUCGAGGGUAGUUCAUCGUCGUUUGGAACUCCAAGAACUUUUUUCCCUCAGCAAGGUUUUGCUUCUAGUUUGGAUCCUCGUCAAGGUGCUGGUGCUGGAACAAUCAAGAGGAAUGGUAUCUCUGAGCAGCUUCCAGACCGAAGAGAGAUCCUCAGCAACAGCGAUGAUGAGCACGCCGCGAAGGAGCGAAAAGGAGGCGGCAGCGUUUUUCGGUGGUUACAAGAAAACUUCCAACAAGCGUUUCGCCCACCAGCUCUUAGUGCUAGUGAGGAGGAUGAUAAACUACGCGAGUCUUUUGGUCUCCCGCCUGCGCGAAGUCUUUCGCCCAAUGAAGCGCGCGAACAGAAUCAGCAAAUGCUUGGGCGUGCGCUGUUGCGCAAAUAGGUUGGUGGUCGUGUGAGCCUUUUACAUGCCUUCUUCGGAAUACUUUUUUGGGAAAAGCAGCUCGGUCGAAUAACCGCUAACAUAACAAAUAAUCUUUCGUGUCAAAUUUACGAAAAUAAUCAAGCUGAAGCGAAAAGAGGGCCAUGACGAUAAUAAUGAUAUCGGGUUGUUUUCGCAGCGGCAGCCCCUGGUUGUAAAUCUACUUUUUCUGCCGCUAUGCCCAAGCCUAUUAUAUUGAUACAUGCCCAGAAAGCGGACCCAUCAAGGGCCCGCUGCGCUGGGCAUAGAUUCGCAACUAGACAGAUAAGACUAUGAAGCAAGGCGC